UCAUCUUCCAUUCGUACUACGGUACUCGAACGCAUUUUUCUGUCCUUCAUCAUGACGGUCCAGACAGUUGCCAUCGCAGUCGUCACGGUCGUGUAUCUGGUGAUUCGCUAUUUGAAUCGCACCGACGUCCCCAAGAUCAAAGGCCUGCCCGAAAUUCCGGGCAUCCCCAUCUUUGGCAAUCUUCUGCAGCUCGGGGACCAGCAUGCCACAGUAGCAGGAAAGUGGGCGAAGAAGUAUGGCCCGGUGUUUCAGGUUCGCAUGGGAAAUAAGCGCAUCGUUUUCGCCAACAGCUUUGACUCGGUUCGUCAAUUAUGGAUCAAGGACUCAUCGGCCUUGAUUUCGCGCCCCACGUUCCAUACCUUCCAUAGCGUGGUUUCCAGCUCCCAAGGAUUCACGAUCGGCACGUCUCCCUGGGAUGAAUCCUGCAAGAAGCGCCGGAAAGCCGCUGCGACUGCCCUCAAUCGACCGGCUACACAAUCCUACAUGCCGAUCAUUGACCUGGAGUGCAACUCCAGUAUCAAAGAGCUAUACCGCGACAGCAAGGAUGGCACGCUGGACAUCAACCCGACCGCCUACUUCCAACGAUUUGCCCUGAACACCAGCUUGACCCUGAACUACGGGUUUCGCAUUGAAGGCAACGUGGACAACACCCUUCUGAAAGAGAUCGUCGACGUGGAGCGGGGGGACUAUGUCCCUUUGCUACGGAUUUUCCCGAAGGCAAACAAAGAGGCCGAAUCGUUCCGUGAGCGUCGCGACAAAUACCUGACUUAUCUUCUCAAUAUCCUGAAAGAUCGCAUCGCCAAGGGUACCGACAAGCCGUGCAUCACCGGAAAUAUUCUGAAGGACCCUGAGGCUAAACUGAAUGAUGCGGAAGUGAAAUCGAUUUGUUUGACCAUGGUAUCAGCUGGACUCGACACGGUGCCCGGCAACCUGAUUAUGGGCAUUGCUUAUCUGGCUUCCGAGGACGGGCAAAGAAUCCAGAAGAAGGCGUACGAUGAGAUCAUGGCGGUAUAUCCGGAUGGCGAUGCCUGGGAAAAAUGCCUCGUGGAAGAAAAGGUUCCGUACGUUACGGCCCUCGUGAAAGAAACCCUGCGAUUCUGGACAGUCAUUCCGAUUUGCUUGCCCCGUGAAUCCACCAAGGAUAUUGUGUGGAACGGAGCGACCAUCCCAGCAGGAACAACCUUCUUCAUGAAUGCGUGGGCGGCCGACUAUGACGAAGACCACUUCAAGGACGCCGACAAGUUUAUCCCCGAGCGCUAUCUCGAGCUCAACGAAGGGUCUGGAACCCCUCAUUAUGGAUAUGGUGCUGGUUCGCGCAUGUGUGCAGGAUCGCACUUGGCAAACCGCGAGCUUUUCACUGCUUUCGUCCGCCUGAUUACUGCUUUCCAAAUGCGACCAGCCAAGGAUACGAAAGAUCGGCCCAUCUUGAAUUCCAUCGAAUGCAACGCCAUCCCGACUGCCCUGACGACUGAACCCAAGCCAUUCAAGGUCGGCUUCGUCCCACGCGAUCCCAAGAAGCUAGAGCAAUGGAUUCGAGAAAGUGACGAGCGUACCAAGGACAUCUGA